CAACUUUUACUCAAGCAUCUUUAAUUCCUACUCUAAUUUUUUUUUAACUAAAGAAGCUUUAUUUGCCCCCUAGCUUUCCAGGGUUUGGUCUGUAGGUCGAUCGUAAGCCGGCAAAAGAAAAACUUACACGCAGAAAGUAUCUACCAUAGAAAGAUCUAACCAGUGCCUGAGAUCUAUGGCGAUUUAGUUUUCUUUUUUCUUUCUUCUUGCAUUUCCAAUUUGGGUUUUUCUUGUCGAAAUAUAGGUUGAAGGAGGGAGGAAAUCAUGGCUGCCAUUGCUGUGAGUUCGGCCAGCGGAUUGCUGGCCAUGCUCAGCGAACACCAUCCUUUGCUGAAGUUAUAUGCGCUCACAAAUCUUAACCGGCUGGUGGACAAUUUUUGGCCGGAGAUUUCUACAAGUGUUCCGACGAUAGAAAGCUUAUAUGAAGACGAAGAAUUUGAUCAAAGACAGCUUGCAGCAUUGGUUGUUUCAAAGGUUUUCUAUUACCUCGGGGAGCUUAAUGAUUCUUUGUCCUAUGCUUUGGGUGCUCGAGGCAUGUUCAAUGUAGCAGAAGAUUCGGAUUAUGUGCAUACUUUGCUUGCUAAAGCUAUAGAUGAGUAUGCAGCUCUACGUGCUAAGGCAGCAGAAUCAAAUGAGGAGGCGACACAGAUGGACCCUAGACUAGAGUCGAUUGUAGAAAGAAUGCUAGACAAAUGCAUUUUGGAUGGCAAGUUUCAGCAGGCUCUGGGUAUUGCACUUGAAUGUAGAAGGCUUGAUAAGUUAGAAGAAGCAAUCAUGAAAAGUGAUAAUGUUUCUGGAAUGCUUUCUUAUUGCAUCAGUGUUUCUCAAACAUUUGUUAGCAGAAGAGAGUACCGGUGUGAGGUUCUUCGGCUGCUUGUCAAGAUUUAUGAAAAGUCACCUUCACCUGACUAUAUAAGUAUCUGUCAGUGUCUUAUGUUUCUAAAUGAGCCUGGAAGUGUUGCAUCCAUUUUGGAGAAGUUGUUGCAAUCUGAGAAUAAGGAUGAUGCUUUGAUGGCGUUUCAAGUAGCUUUUGAUUUAUUUGAGAAUGAGUAUCAGCCUUUCCUUCUUAAUGUUCGAGAUUGUCUGCCUGAGCCUAAAUCUCAGUCCUAUAAUAACCCGACUCCUGGUCAAUCAUCAUCUGCAGCACAGGUUGAAUCUAUUGGGCCAGUUUCUGGAAAUGGGAGCACCGCUUCUCCCCCGACUUCUGUUGCAAUGGAAACAUCUGAGGAUGUCCAAAUGGCAGAUGCAAGUGUGAGGGAGACCAUCAAGCUUGGAAAAAUGGAUGAAGUGGAUUUAAAAGAAGUAACUUACAUGGAAAGACUGGCAAAAAUUAAAGCAAUAUUAUCUGGAGAAAAAUCAAUACAGAUCACUUUACAAUUUCUAUACAGUCAUAACAGGUCAGAUCUUCUAAUUCUAAAGACAAUAAAGCAAUCUGUUGAAAUGCGAAACAGUGUAUGCCAUAGUGCCACUAUAUAUGCCAAUGCACUUAUGCACGCUGGAACCACAGUAGAUACGUUUUUGAGAGAAAAUCUGGAAUGGCUCAGUAGGGCCACAAAUUGGGCAAAGUUCAGUGCUACUGCUGGUUUGGGGGUUAUUCACCGGGGUCACCUUCAACAAGGUCGAUCUUUGAUGGCUCCUUAUCUUCCUCAGAAUGGUUCAACUGGUGGUGGAAGCCCUUAUUCUGAGGGUGGGGCUCUAUAUGCUUUAGGGCUUAUUCAUGCCAACCAUGGGGAAGGAAUCAAACAGUUUCUUCGUGAUAGCUUGUGCAGUACAAGUGUUGAAGUAAUCCAGCAUGGUGCAUGUUUGGGGCUGGGAUUGGCUGCUUUGGGAACUGCUGAUGAAGAGAUUUACGAUGAUAUCAAGAAUGUUCUUUAUUCCGAUAGUGCAGUUGCUGGAGAGGCUGCAGGUAUCAGUAUGGGAUUGCUUAUGGUUGGCACUUCAAGUGAAAAGGCAAGUGAAAUGCUUGCAUAUGCACAUGAUACUCAACAUGAGAAGAUUAUAAGAGGCCUGGCCCUUGGAAUAGCACUAACUGUCUAUGGAAGGGAAGAAGAAGCUGAUACGCUUAUAGAGCAAAUGACCAGGGAUCAAGAUCCAAUUCUGCGUUAUGGUGGAAUGUAUGCUCUGGCUCUGGCGUAUAGGGGCACAGCAAAUAACAAAGCCAUACGUCGUCUGUUGCACUUUGCUGUCUCAGAUGUCAGUGAUGAUGUGAGAAGAACUGCAGUGAUGGCACUUGGAUUUGUUUUAUACUCUGAACCUGAGCAGACCCCACGAAUAGUAUCUCUGUUGUCCGAAUCAUACAAUCCGCAUGUCAGAUAUGGAGCGGCUUUGGCAGUAGGCAUCUCUUGUGCAGGCACAGCAUUGAGCGAGGCUAUUUCGCUGCUGGAGCCUUUAACAUCAGAUGUUGUAGAUUUUGUUCGUCAAGGUGCUCUUAUAGCCAUGGCCAUGGUUCUGAUGCAAACCAAUGAGGGAUGUGAACCUCGUGUUGGUAGCUUCAGGCGCCAACUUGAGAAGAUAAUUCUUGACAAGCAUGAAGAUACCAUGAGCAAGAUGGGUGCAAUUUUGGCAUCAGGUAUUUUAGAUGCAGGUGGUCGGAAUGUGACCAUUAAGUUGCUUUCCAGGACAAAGCAUGAUAGAAUCACUGCUGUUGUUGGUAUGGCAGUAUUUAGCCAGUUCUGGUAUUGGUAUCCCCUUAUAUAUUUCCUAAGUCUCUCUUUUGCUCCUACUGCUUUCAUUGGGCUCAACUAUGACUUGAAGGUCCCCAAGUUUGAAUUUUUAUCAAAAGCUAAGCCCUCACUGUUUGAAUAUCCUCGUCCCACAACACCUCCAACAACAAAUUCUGCUGUAAAAUUGCCUACUGCCGUUCUGUCUACAUCAGCAAAGGCUAAAGCCAGAGCAAAGAAAGAAGCUGAUCAGAAAACUGUUAUGGAUGAGGGUAAUGCACCUGGAAAUGUGAAGGGUCCAAAGUCCAGUGAUAAGGAUGGAGAAGCAAUGCAGGUUGAUGGUGCAUCUGAAAAGAAAACGGAAGCUGAGUCGUCUGUUCAGAUUAUAACAAAUCCUGCUCGAGUUAUUCCAGCACAGGAAAAGUACAUCAAGUUUUAUGAAGCAGGUCGCUAUAUGCCCAUUAAAUUAGCACCAUCAGGAUUUGUGUUACUAAGAGACAUAAGGCCAUCUGAGCGUGAAGUGUUCACUUUGACGGAUGCACCAUCCUCACUAUCAUCACCUGGAAGUGUCUCAAUUCCCCAACCUUCUGCGUCAGCUAUGUCUGUUGAGGAAGGAGAACCUCAACCACCACAACCAUUUGAAUAUGGUACAUGAUAUCAGCAGCGACUGGACAAUUUGUUGUUACAAAAAUUGAGGAGAAUUUUUCCUUGAAAGAACUGCUUCCAAAUGUGCCUCCUGUUUAUUUAUUUUCCAUUUCUCAAUCUUAAAAGAAAUCAGUUAUAGCUUUUAAAAGCUUGUGACGUUGGCCUUCUUUUUGAAAAUCUUAAAGGCUACGCAGCUCCUGUUGUCCACACUAUUGAGCACGAUAUAUGAAUGCAGAAGAGCAAAGGGCACUUUAUGACUUAUUUUAUUAGAUGUCCAAUUGAUUGGAACAAGAUUGCACUUCCGGACAUUUUAGGACAUCAGAAGUUUAGUAAUUAAAAUUCCAUGUUUUCCUAAGGUGGCAGAAGGGGUGUACUUAAACUCAAGUGCUAUAAUUUCAUCUCACACAGAGAUGUCUUUUGUUAUUAAUUUCAUUGGGCCUACCUAGAUUCACACACAUUUUUUAGUAAUGGUGCCCCUCACCCCACACUCAUUCUCAUAUAGAGGAAGAAAAUGCAGUACCCAGUUUUUACA